CAAAGAGUGUGUUUGGACAGUCAUUCCCUUGGUCCCUUCAAAUCUAUUUAGGUCUUUUCCCUUCUUCCCCACCCGCCCAAUCCUCGCGUUUCUGCAACUACCCGUUCACAGUAGCCAUUUUCAGGUAGGUUAUCCUUCGAGCUCACCGGCCUCCUUUUCAGCUUAAUCCGCCAUGGAAACUCCCCAGCAGCUGCCGAAGAAGCGAGGCCGUCCGAAGGGUUCUUCUACGAAGUCCAAAGAGGACCGAGAUCGCGAGCAGCCGCACUCCGCCGCCGCCACUCCCAAAGCCAGGGGGCCGGCAUCUGACAAGAAGUCCGGUGCUGCCGCUGCUGAUGAGAAAUAUGUGCAGUGGAAGUCGCUCGUUCCCGUCCUCUAUGACUGGCUUGCUAAUCACAACCUCGUCUGGCCUUCGCUGUCCUGCAGAUGGGGUCCCGUGGUUGAGCAGCACAAGUUCAAAAACCGCCAGCGUCUAUACCUUUCAGAACAGGUUACUCUAGGUUUGCCAAACACUUUGAUUGUAGCCAACUGUGAUGUUGUUCGACCCAGGAUUGCAGCAGACAGUCACAUAUCACAAUUCAAUGAUGAAUCCCGCUCACCUUAUGUCAAGAAGUACAAAACCUUAAUACACCCAGGGGAGGUUAACAGAAUCAGAGAGCUUCCUCAAAAUAAAAACAUCGUGGCAACACAUACUGAUAGUCCCGAAGUUUUAAUUUGGGAUGUCGAGACUCAACCUAAUAGGCAUGCUGUUAUUGGAGCUGCUACGUCACGCCCAGAUUUGACAUUGAUUGGACAUAGCGAAAAUGCAGAAUUUGCUUUGGCAAUGUGCCCUAUUGAACCCUUUGUGCUCUCUGGAGGAAAAGACAAAUCUGUGGUAUUGUGGAGCAUUCAAGAUCAUGUAUCAACAUUGGGGACAGAUGCACAAAAAGCUGCUGGUCCAUCCAUUAUUGCUUCUGAUAAUCCCUCUAUUGGAGCUCGUGGAAUCUUCCAAGGUCAUGAGGAUACCGUUGAAGAUGUUCAGUUCUGCCCCUCAAGUCCUCAGGAAUUCUGUAGUGUUGGUGAUGAUUCCUGCCUGGUUUUAUGGGAUGCUCGAGUUGGUUGUACUCCAGCUGUGAAGGUUGAAAAGGCUCAUAAUGCUGAUUUACACUGUGUUGAUUGGAAUCCUCAUGAUGUCAACUUUAUUAUCACUGGAUCCGCAGAUAAUACUGUCCGCAUGUUUGAUCGGCGUAGUUUAACUUCAAGUGGAGUUGGCUCACCUGUUCAUAUCUUCGAAAAUCACAAUGCAGCAGUUCUCUGUGUACAGUGGUCUCCUGAUAGGCCUUCUGUUUUUGGGAGUUCUGCAGAGGACGGUCGUUUGAAUAUAUGGGAUUACGAGAAGGUUGGUGUGAUGGACAUCGAGACACCUGCUCCAGGGUUAUUUUUCCAACACGCGGGGCACAGGGAUAAAGUAGUUGACUUCCACUGGAAUGUAGCCGAUCCAUGGACAAUUGUUAGUGUAUCCGAUGACUGUGGCUCUACAGGUGGAGGUGGUACGCUGCAGAUAUGGCGUAUGCUGGAUUUGCUAUAUCGUCCCGAAGAGGAGGCUCUGGCCGAGCUUCAAAAGUUCAAAGACCAUGUCAGCCAGUGCACACAAAAGCGUGAGUCCUGAGGAAUAGGUGCUUCUACUAAACUCUCUUCCUUGAAGUACAAUUCUAGUAGGGUACUACCAAACAUUUCUGGACUUGUCUUCCUAGGUUUUUUGUGCAAUGCUUUAUUGUAGAAUAUAUGUAGAGCUGCGAUGGGUAGAUAUUAUAUAGUUUGUGAUCUAUGUUUCUCGUCACAAGCGUACUUAAUGAGUCCGAAGUGUUUAGGGUCCAUUUGAUUUACUUUCUGGUAUGAGUGUGGAUUCAGGAAUAUGAUUUCUUGGAGGGAGGUUAACAAGUCUAAAAUGCAUGUUUAGGGCAUUUUC